GUGCAACCAUAACUGGCAGCAUUGAAAACCGGCAGUCAGUCUCGAUCGACUCACGCGCAUCGAAACACGAAGCGCACGCCACCAUCUAGUAAAAAAUCCGAUACUCCAUCCAAAUCUUACAAUUAACAUUGAAACAGCACACAAGUGCAGUCUUACAGUGUUAACUUAUCAUUUUUAGCAAAUCUUCCGAGUGUUUCGUGAGAAAUGUUUAUAGUGUGUGCAUUAAAAGUGUUUUACGUUUGAUAUUUUUUUGUUUGUCCGCCUGUGUAAUGACCGUGGUUGGAAGCAAGAAAUGGCUUUAUAAUUGGUCUAAAUCAAACCCAGCGAUGAUUCGAUUCAGAAGAAAAUAGAUCAACAAGAUGUCGCAAAGGGAUUUCUCUGAGGUUGAGCCAACAGGCUCGGCCUCUCUCGGCGCGGCUUCGCGAGCUCUGUUCGUGGAGAAGGUGCGGGCGUCCAACGCUGCCUGCCAAGCUGGCGACUUCGCCACCGCUGUCGCCUUGUACACUGACGCGCUCACACUAGACCCAGCCAAUCAUAUCCUGUAUAGCAACAGGUCUGCAGCACGUCUGAAACAGGGACAGUUUGCAGCGGCACUCCAAGAUGCGUCUCGAGCAAGGGAGCUUUGUCCCAACUGGCCAAAAGCGUACUACAGGCAAGGUGUGGCGUUACAAUGUCUGGGCAGGCACGGCGAAGCCCUCGCUGCGUUCAGCUCUGGCCUGGGCGUCGAGCCAUCAUCGAGACAACUCCUCGCAGCGUUGGUGGAGGCCUCCCUCAAGUCUCCGCUCAGAACCACCCUGGAGCCCACCUUCAGACAGUUGGAGGCAAUGAAGUUGGAUCAAUCACCCUUCGUCCUUAUAUCAGUGGUGGGCCAAGAGUUAUUGGCGGCUGGGCAGUACCAGGCCGCCGUCACUGUUCUAGAGGCAGCUCUCAGGAUCGGAUCCUGCUCCAUGAAACUAAGAGGCUCAGUGUUCAGCGCGUUGUCAUCAGCGCACUGGGCGCUCAGUCAGUUGGACGCAGCCAUCAACUACAUGCAACAAGACUUAGCCGUGGCAAAGUCUCUAGGCGACACAGCCGGCGAAUGCCGAGCCCACGGCAACCUAGGAGCUGCGUACUUCAGUCAAGGAUCGUACAAGGAUGCUUUGACUGCGCAUAGAUACCAGCUCGUCUUGGCCAUGAAGUGUAAGGACACGCAAGCAGCAGCCGCAGCCCUAACAUCCCUAGGGCACGUAUACACAGCAAUAGGUGACUACCCUAACGCACUAGCCAGUCACAAGCAGUGCGUGCAACUGGUGAAACAGAUGGGUGACCGGCUGCAGGAGGCGAGAGAGAUAGGAAAUGUUGGUGCAGUGUACCUGGCUAUGGGGGAGUUUGACUCUGCUGUGGACUGCCAUACGCAACACUUGAGACUUGCGAGGAGACUUGGGGAUCAGGUGGAAGAAGCCAGAGCAUAUUCAAAUUUGGGCUCCUCAUACCACUACAGGCGUAACUUCUCCCAAGCGAUAGCCUAUCAUGAAAACGUUUUGAGAAUAGCACAAAAUCUUGGAGACAGAGCAAUUGAAGCUAGAGCUUAUGCUGGACUCGGGCAUGCAGCGAGAUGCGCCGGAGAUUAUGCACAAGCAAAGAAAUGGCACGAAAGGCAAUUGGAUGUCGCUUUGGCUGCCAGAGACAAGGUUGGAGAAGGGAGAGCAUGCUCAAAUCUGGGCAUCGUCUAUCAGUUGCUAGGAGAGCAUGAUGCCGCCCUGAAGUUACAUCAAGCUCAUUUAUCGAUAGCAAGGCAAUUGCAAGAUAAAGCAGGCAUGGGCCGAGCUUACGGCAACAUCGGCAAUGCAUAUUCCGCUGCAGGUUUUUAUGAGCAAGCAAUCAAGUACCACAAACAAGAGCUGACUAUCUCCAAAGAAGUUCACGAUAGAAGUUCAGAAGCUUCCACACAUGGGAACCUCGCCGUUGCAUACCAAGCUUUAGGUGCUCACGAUAUGGCACUGUUCCAUUACCGAGCACAUUUAGGUAUAGCAAGAGAACUUAAAGAUGCUGCAGGUGAAGCAUGUGCUCUACUAAACCUAGGAAACUGUCUGUCCUCACGUGGUGAAUUCGCUCAGGCCGUGCCAUAUUACGAACAACACCUAAUGCUGUCGCAAGAAUUAGGCGACGUAACUGCUGAAGCCAAAGCUUGCCAUUUUCUAGGAUACGCUCAUUACUGUCUGGGAAAUUAUAGAGAAGCUGUUAGAUACUAUGAUCAAGAUUUAUCACUAGCCAAAGAUUUACAAGACAAGAUGAAUAUGGGUAGAGCAUACUGUAAUUUGGGGCUUGCUCACCUUGCCCUAGGGAACUUAGAAACGGCUCUGGAAUGCCAGAAAUACUUUUUAGCGAUAGCCCACAUGACCCAGCAUUUGCAGGGAAAAUUUAGGGCAUUAGGAAAUAUUGGUGAUGUUUUAAUAAAAAUGGGAGAUGUAGAGGAAGCAGUCAAGAUGUACCAAAGGCAACUUGGGUUUGCUAGACAAGCUCGAGAUCGCUCUUUGGAAGCUGCGGCAUGUGGCGCCUUAGGCUUGGCGAGGCGGUUACAAAGAAGACUUGACGCAGCGCUAGGUCAUCACACACAGGAAUUGACACUACGCCAAGAAGCAGGAGACGCUGCGGGCGAAGCGCGCGCACACUCUCAUCUCGGGGCAGUUCAUAUGGCACUGGGACAUUACUCACACGCUGCACGAUGUUACAGGGAGCAGUUGGAAAGAGCGCAAGAACUUCAAGACUGUGCUUUGGAAGCGCAAGCAUACGGAAACUUGGGUAUAGCGAAACUAAAUAUGGGCCACUACGAAGACGCUAUUGGUUAUUUAGAACAGCAACUCGCAAUUCUAGAACGCGUGAACACAACAACAUGCCAGCUAGACAAGGCACGCGCCCUGGGUUCUCUUGGUGACUGUUACGAUGCCCUAGGGGACCCAGACGAAGCAGUCAAGUAUCACGAACAACAUCUAGCGGCAGCAUUGAAGCUAGAUAACAAGAGAGAACAAGAACGAGCCUAUAGGGGUUUGGGCUUGAGCCAUAAAUCGAUAGGCAAUCUACAGCAAGCCUUAGUGUGUCUUGAGAAGCGCCUCGUGGUGUCACACGAACUUGGAGUGCCGGAAGCCAAAGCGCAAGCCUAUGGAGAACUGGGCUCAUUACACAUAGCGCUUAACAAUCUGGAGCAAGCAGUUUUCUGUCUGGAACAUCAGAAAAAUAUUGCGAAGGAAUUAAACAACCAAAUAAUGGAAGCCGAGGCGUGCCAUUCUCUAGGCGUAGCACAGCACGCGCUGGGUGAGCACGCGGUCGCCGUGAAACAUCAUCGGGCAGAACUCGAGCUGGCGCACCGACUUGGUCUCACUCAUCUUCAGGCGCGAGCAUGUGGCGGCUUGGGUGCGGCGCACGCAUCGAUGGGAGCCCACGCCGAGGCGGCGCGCUGGCACGAGUCACGGCUGCGACACGCCACCGCCGCUGGUGAUACUCGUGGACGGGCACAAGCGUUGGCGGAAUUGGGCGGCGCGCAUCUAGCUAUGGGCGCUUGUGGUAGCGCAGUCUCCUACCUCAGGCAAGCUUUGGCAGCGACGGAAGGACUGGCUGACAUUGACCAAGAGGCUCGUGUGCGCCACAAACUAGGCUUCGCUCUGUGGGCAUCGGGAGAGCUGGAGGAAGCCAAGGAACAGCUCCAAGCCGCCCUCACUGUUCUGGAGACGGGAGCGGAUAAACACCGAGACAGAAAGUUUGCCGCCUUAUAUACUUCGACACAUCACGCCUUGCAGAGAGUACUUGUUGAGCUUGGCCGUCACCCCGAAGCCCUGGUGGUAGCGGAGCGUGGACGAUGUCGAGCACUAGAUACACCGGAAAAGCAAACGGGAACCCUGAGUCAAGCCAAUCUCGAGUUACAUGCAUCGCAAAGAAAUGGAGCAGAAGAUGCAACAAAGGACCGCCCAGAACCCUGGAGUCCAUCAACAUUAGACCAAGUAUUAGAAGUAGUGAACAAACAGAAAGCGCCUGUUCUCUACUACAGUCUCGCUGCUGGACGUCUGUACGCAUGGCUACUGCAACCACAUAAGGGUAUCCUACGCUUCCAUCAAGUAUCUUUACUCGAUGAAUCGGAAGAAAGCAACAAUAGCUUGCCAGACAUAAAUCCUGAUGACCUCCAGACAAACAUGGUAGGUGCAGAUAAACUUGAGAGAUGCAUCAGCGAAUGGUCUUCGUGGCUAAAGACAGCGGCGGAAAGACGCGAGGAUGACCAAUGGGAGCCCGAUGAGCGACCCAGCACUGGACUCACAAGAAUGGUUUCCCGUAAUCAUUUGCUGAAUUCAUCGAACUAUUCUUUGAGCUCAUUGUUCAGCGUGGGAUCAGUCGGUGGAUCAGUUGCUGGUUCUGUUGCUAGCUUGCAAGGAUCUACUAGAUCUAGCAUACACUUGCCUCGUAAAAAGCCCGCUUCUUGGCAAGGUCCGCCUUGUCUCACCGCUCUCUACUUGAUGCUGUUGGCUCCUUUCGAAGAUCUGCUGCCUGCAUCGUGUAAUAACAAUCAUGCAUCCCAUGGACGUCGCGGUUGUGGUGGACGGCGUGAACUAUUAGUAGUAGUAGAGGGCGCCUUAUACGCGUGUCCGUGGGGUGCUUUACGGCCCCCGGACGGCGAGCCACUAUGCGAACGAUACGCACUAUUAGCUGCACCAGCGCUGAGGCACCAGAGGCAGAGACACCAGCGGCAACGACAUCAUGACCACGGUGCAACAAGCGCAGGGAACGCAGCAACCAAUUCCAGUGCAGAAGCGGGCAUGCGAUGUCUGGUGGUGGGGGGAGCGCGCGUAGGUGGGGGAAGGUGGGCAUCGGCGCACGCGCAGCUCAAGGAGGCCGAGCUGGUCGCCGAUAUGUUGAGAGUUACACCACUCACCGACUACCAGGCGUCAAAGGAAGCAGUAAUCGCGCAACUGCCAAUGGCAGAAUGCGUACAUUUUGCGACACACAUUUGUUGGAAGACUCCUGCUAUAGUGCUCAGUCCCGGCGAAGUAGUUGACUCCCAAGCUAAACGACUUUUGAACACUAGUGUUGGUAGUGGAACCGCAGAUGUUUCAACUGAAAACGAAGAAGAAAAUGCGGAAAUACCACCGAGCAACGAGGAAUUACCUCCAGCUGCCGAAUUCAUGCUGUCUGCAUCAGAGAUCAUGAAUUUGAAGAUUACUGCCAGGCUGGUGGUCAUAUCAUGUGCUCCAUCAAGUGCAGCACUUCAAGGUGCAUCCGCGGAAGAAACAGAAGACAUUAACGCCGCAGGAGCAGGCAUAUCGCGGCUCUGUAAAGCCCUUCUAAUGGCUGGAGCUCAGGCUGUCUUACUGACAUUAUGCCCAGCACCUCAAGACACUGCGACGAAGAUUCUCUAUAGGGCCUUGUAUUCGGCUUUGUUGCAAGGCAGCAGAGUAGCUAAAGCACUCGGUGAUGCGAUGCAGACAGUACGUCAUACGAAGCAUUUCGCUCAUCCCGCGCAUUGGUCUGGACUGGUACUGCUCGGGGCUAAUGUAAGACUCAGUAACAAAGUAGCACUGAUGGGGCAAGCUCUGUGCGAACUGCUUGCCGCGCCUGAUAAAUGCAGGGAUGCGUUACGUGUAUGCCUGCAUUUGGUAGAGAAAUCAUUGCAAAGGAUAGUGAGAGGACAAAAGAAUGCGAUGUACACCACACAAAAGAGUAUAGAGAACAAAGCAGGAAUCGCGACAGGGUGGAGAGAACUACUUAUGAGCGUUGGCUUCAGAUUUGAACCAGCUGCUAAUGGAAUACCGUCAAGUGUGUUCUUCCCUCAGAGUGAUCCAGAAGAGCGUUUGACUCAGUGUUCGGCAAGUCUACAAGCAUUAUUAGGUUUAAGCCCGACUACACUCCAAGCUCUCUCGAAACUGAUCUCGAACGGCGACGUGGCAGACGACAUCAUCGGUGUCAUCAGAUCUGUCAUUUCGCAGUUCUCCGUCAAGAACUCAGACACGGACACCAUCGAAGUGGCGGUUAAUGUCAGACUGUGGCGCGUGAACGGAUGCCACGAGCUACUGGCUUCGCUCGGCUUCGAUCUGGCGGAGGUCGGCCAGGAUGAAGUGAACCUGCGCACCGGGAACAAGGCAAACCGCCGCCACAUCCAGUUCGUUUUGCAGGCGCUGCUCGCCCUCUUCGACACUCAAGAGGCACCUCGCAGCCUGAGUCUAGAGUCAAGCUCAAGCGUGGAAUCUCUGGCGUCCAUUGACGAUGGUGAUCUCGAACCACACUCGGACGGGGAACCACCGCCCAGGCAACACAGACGUAAGUAUUUUAAUAUUACAUGGCUAAUUUUCCAACAAAUAAAAAAUGAAGAUAGUCUUUCAAAUGUUUAAUACUUGUAAAAGUAUUCAUUUGACAUUGUGGGUUACUUAUAAUGCGAAGAGAUGGCGCGGCCUUGCAGCUUAAGAAUGGCUGGAAGAAUUUCGACGCGGUCCGUGAGGGCCGCGGUAGCAUAAUUGGUCAGUGCAUUCGCCCGGAUUGCGAAGGGUGUGGGUUCGAGUCCCGUCUGCUACCUGGUUCGCGUGGAAUUUUUCUUAAGAAGAUAGUGUUUAAUUUUUCAUUAGAUUUUUUGCAUGUUUCUAUCCUUACAACAUUUAUUAUUACAAUUUAACGGUUUUUUUAGUAAAUUGAAGUUUUUUGGUAUUGUAACCAUCGUUAGGUUAGGAGUAAUAAUACUAUUCAAUCUCUAUGUAACAGUUAAUCGAUUAUAAAGCUUUUAUUUUGGUUUUAUUUAUACAGAGGAAAGCGUAUCGUCCGUGCCUCCACCACCGCUGCCGCUCGGCUCUUGUGGGGGAGCCUUCACGAUGUACGUCCGCAGCGGUGGCGAGGCGGGGCGAGGCGAGCCGGACGGGCGCACCGCCCCGCCCCCCGCGCCCGCCCCCGCGCCUCCGCCACCACGAUACCGCGGCGAGAGCGACGCCGCUUUCACUCCCUCCCCACCAGCUGCCCCUGCUGCACCCCCGCGCGACGUAUCCCUGGCACUGGCGCACCAAACGAAAAUCAGAACCUUAUAUACUCGUCGCCCGCCCUCCGACGACUCCGACUGGGAAAGCUCCGGACACGACACUGUCCUCCGCCGUCGACCGGACCACGCGCACGCCAGGUACCUAGAUGCUUUCUACGAACUAGCAUCUGCCCAACCUCGCCGAACUGACGAAGAGAAGACCGAUCAAGCCCAACCUUCCACGUCGAAAAGAGUUCCACGGCCGAAAAUGGGAACGAGCAGCAGAGAUUCUAUGGCGCAAGUCCGCCACAUGAGCGGUGAGUUGACGCCGACGAUAUCCGAAGUAUACCACGAGAGGAAUAUAGGGUUAGGACUCGCACCACCGCUAGCAGAACUUCUACUCGCAGAGGAGUCAAAGACAGAAAUGCGAGCGGCGAGCUCCAGUGAAAACUUACUCCUCCAGAAUUUGGAGAAGCUCGGACUUUUGGGAGAUGCAAACGAAUCCGACGAGAGAUGGACCUCGAGACCGUGGCUGUCCGCUCCACCGCUAGAAACGGACGUCCAAGGUUCAGACCUGACUACGGCAGAAAUAAUCGAGCGUCAGACGAAAUUCAAGAAAGACGUCGAGCCGAAAAGGAAAGAGGAAAACGCUUACGAAUUGAAACCCAAAGAAGAAAUGCCGGGACCGAGCGGAAUAGAGAAGAGGUCCGUAUCUCCUUUCUCUGAACUCUCCCGCAGAGAUGAGGGAGAUGGUAGAAGUAUAGCAGACUCUCACUCGUCGUACAAAGCCCUAGUACUGAGCCCUCGGGCGCCGUAUUUGCCCGAGGAAGGUCAACCAGGUAUGAGCACAUCGGAAGGAGGCAAAACUCAUCCGCGGCCGCGCAGGCCUCCCGUUCCGAGAACAAGACCAGCUUACACAACAUUAGACUUUCCACCAAAUAAGUGAAAUUUGAGUAUUAUUAAACAUCAUGAUUUUGAUCCUCGUUAAGAAUAAAUACAAAUCGUCCUUAAAGUGUUCCUCAAGCUUCAACUCCUAGAAUCGCCAACCAAAAUUUCUCUCUGUUUAUCGUAGGUCAUUCAAUAUUAUAAUGUAAAAUGAAAAAACUGUCAUAGAUUAUAUUAUCGUUUUUGUCAUCUAUUAUAAUGCAGUUUAUAGAUAGUGAAAUUGCUCAAGUCGCUAAACUAAAUCUCAUAAUACUCAUAAUGAAAAAUAAACUCAUCGGAGUAUUACAUAUUUUGUAAAAUGCUGUGUUUUAAAUGCAAAUAAAUGUAUGAUACGAUGUUAUAAAAAUGAUAUAAUGAGUAAAUUUUAAUAACAGCUUGUUCCAAUAGUCUAAAGUUCUUUUUAUACUAAUGUAAAGUUAGGAAAUAGUUUUUUUUGCUUAUAUAUUUUUAUAAUAUAUAACAUUGUGUAUACAAUUUUUAAUGCUGGCUAUGACGUUCACAGUUAUUUAUUAUUAAAACUUUUAAAAUCUUUUGUUUUAUUAAGAUCAUAUUCUUAGGAUGAAGUAAGUUUAGUAGUGUCUAUCGCUAUAGACAAAAUCGCAUUGUAAUAUAAAAAAGUCACAUUUACAGUUAAUUAUACGUGAAAAUUAUUUAUUAAUUUUAUAUUUAUUAUGAAAUACUUCCUAGAAUAAUGUUUAUAUUCAUUAUCUGGUCGCUUUAUCAGUAGCUAAUAGCUAAGUGUAAUUAGUACUUUUAUGCUAUUUGUCAGAAAAGAUAAUUUGUCUUACAUUUAAAUUCGACAUACUUAUAUUAUAAAGUUCUUGCCAUUAUACAUGUAUAUAAUUAAUUACAUUGUAAAGUUUAAAUAUAAAUUAAAAUUAUUCAUAAAUCAUGGACUAUAAUUUUUUUCGACUUCCGAAAUUCCAUAUUUUCAUUUUUUUUUUAUUUAUUCUUCGCUAGGUCGUCGUUGAUACCAAGACGUAAUGUAGUUUGCACCUACGUUAACUAUAAAAAAUACGUAGCGAGCUUAGGUAAAUAAUUAUAAAAGAAAAUAUGUGAAAAGUUUUGUCCAAGAUAUGAUAGUCUGGUAAAUGAAAAUAUUCAGCAACACUGCCUAGAAUGUCACCAUAGGGUUGCAAC